AUGUCCAACAACGGCGACCCACCUCCUCAAAGUCCUAAUUCCAAGUAUACUUCUGAUUACCCUAAACCAGAAGCCGAGUAUCAAGAGAUAAUCCAAAGCCCAGAUGUUUUUGCGAAAAAGCUCCAAGCUUUUCACGCUUUCUAUGGCACUAAGUUCAGAGUUCCUACUUUAGGAGGAAACAAAUUGGAUUUACAUCGUCUCUUUUUAGAAGUGACCUCUCGUGGUGGCAUUGAAAAGGUUAUUAAAGAUCGCAGAUGGAAGGAAGUUAUUGGAGCCUUUCAUUUUCCAGCCACAAUCACGAAUGCCUCGUUUGUCUUGCGCAAGUAUUAUCUGUCAUUGCUUUUACAUUUUGAGCAGGUUUAUUAUUUCCGAAAAGCAGAGCGUAACACUUCUUCAUCUCCCGCAACUUGGAGUUCGGAUAUACCUGCACUUCCACAUGCUCAUGAUGGGCCCGCAUCCAAUCAUCUUACAGAGAAUCAAAACCUGGAGAAAAGCAGUCUUGUGACAGGAACAAUUGAUGGAAAAUUUGAUUUCGGCUAUAUGGUAACUGUUAAUUUUGGAGGUGAGAAUUUGCAAGGCAUACUUUAUCACUCCCCCGAGGCACAAAAUGCAUCCAUGAGUUUAAGUGCUUCUAUGGAGCCCGUUCAUCAUCGUCGUAUGAGGAGAAAGCACAUGGCUUUUAGAGAUCCAGCUCGCCCUAAAAGAAGCCGAAGUGGUUACACUUUCUUUUUCUCCGAGCAGUACCAUAGGCUUAGGCCGAUGUACCAUGGCCAAGAACGAGCCAUCAGUAAAAAGAUCGGUCAGUUGUGGAGUAGAUUGACAGACUCUGAGAAACAGGUAUAUCAAGACAAAGGCGAAUAUCAGAGGCUUCUUGGACACUUCUCUCCCAGAAACCUGACCUUAAGGUGUUUGACGAAUUCUCAAAGAGUCGAGAAAAUGUCAGUUGAUGCAGUCAAGAAUAAUUUCUUAGCUAUGGAAGAAGUGGAUUACAGGAAAGAUGCCUUUUUCUUUGGUAAUAAGGGUCUUGAAUCAGAAUGCUUAAGGGACCACCUGUCAACGUUUGCCGAGUCUCUUGGCAAAGCAAGGGCGAUGAUCUAUCCUCCUGCAAAGAGGGUCUCAAAAUUGAGGGAAACGCUUACAGAUUUGGUGGAAUUGGUUGAGAAAGAACACAAGCGACUUCUUGCGCGCAGAUCAAUAAUUGAAAAGCGCAGAGAAGAACAAGAACGACAGCUUUUAGGAAUUGAACGAGAAGAGGAAGCCAAGAGGCUGAAAUUACCGAAGAUAACUGAGGAGGCGGAACAGAAAAGGUUCGCCAUUGAAUUUGAGCAAAUGAAGAAUCAAAGAAUUCGUAGGGAAAGAGAGGAGCGUGCGAUAGAAGAAGCUCAAACUUUGCUGCUGGAAGCUAAAAAUCGUAAUAAGAAGAAAGGAAAUAAACCAGUGGUAGAGGGCGAAAAGCAAUUACUGAAACUCAGCAAGACUACUGAUUACUUGGAGAGGGCAAAAAGAGAGGAGGCAGCUCCACUUAUUGAAGCUGCGUUCCAACGGCGGUUAGUUGAAGAAGAGGCUUUACACGAGCUUGAUUAUCAGAGAGAACUCGAUAAAAGCAGAGAGCGACAUGCUGUAGAUGUGAAGGAAAAGCGGAGGCUAAGCAGGAUGUUGGAAAACAAGAAAAUAUUCCAAGAACAAGUGCUGAACCUUCGGAAAUCCAAAUACGUGUCGCUUAAGGCCGAUAGAGGAAAGAUGGUGGCUAAUAUUAUCCAGACACAGAAAGAAGAAUGUGAGGUCAAUAGGAAGUUGAUUUUUUUCUUGAGAUGUGAAGAGGAGAGGCAGAAAAGGUUGCAUGAAGAGGAGGAAGCACGCAAGCGCCAAGAGAUGGAGCGGAGAAACAAAGAAGAAGGUGAGAGAAAAGCAAAGCUUGAUGAAAUAGAGGAGAAAGAGAGGCAGCGCAGGGAAGAAAUCCUAGGGAGGUCCACACGAUCAACUACCCCAAUUGCUCCUCCUAAGACUACUUCCGAGCUGCCACCUGUGGAGGCAACACCACCACCGGCAGCCGGAAAAUUUCAAGAAGCCCUGGAGACUCUUCACUGUUUUAUUACCACAAGGAGGUAUAGGCCUUGGACUAAAACUCAUGAGAGAAUAAUGUUCAAGUAUGUUGAGUUAUGUGUCGACCUGAGAAGGGGAAGGCAUGCUAAAGAUGGCCUUAUCCAGUAUCGUGGCAUCUGCCGACAGGUUAAUGUUACUUCUCUAGAGGAGGUAAUAAAGCAUUUCAUGCAGUUGGCCACUGGUAAGGCUGAGCUUGCACGUAAUCAAGUUGAGGCUCUGGAAGAGGCCUUGGAUAUAGAUGACUUAGAAGCAGAUAGGCCUGAGGAUCGGAUGUUGAGCUAUGUUAGUGAUGAGAAAGGAAAAGACAGAUCUGACCGUGAGCUUGUUAUUCCAUGGUUUAAGUUUCUGUGGGAAACUUACAGAACUGUUCUGGAAAUUGUGAGCAACAACUCAAGAUAUGAAGCUCUGUAUGCUAAGGCUGCACAUCAUGCCUUCCACUUUUGCAAGCAAUACAAGCGUACGACAGAGUUUCGGAGAUUGUGUGAAAUAAUUCGGAAUCAUCUGGCAAACCUUUACAAGUAUAGUGACCAACGGGAUAGGCCUGAUCUUACCGCUCCUCAUAGCUUUGAGUUGUAUCUAUGUACCAGAACUGAGCAACUUAAAGUUGCUACUGAACUUGAACUUUGGCAGGAGGCAUUUCGUUCAAUUGAGGACAUAUAUGGAUUUAUGUGCAUUGUUAAGAGAACACUUAGACCUGAGAUGUUGAUUUUUCUAUAUUAUGAGCUUUCUGUAAUUUUCUGGAUGACAUCCAGCCAUCUUUAUCAUGCUUAUGCAUGGCUUAAGCUUUUCUCGCUUCAGAAAGGGAUCCUAAAUGAGGAGGACUUACAGUUAACAGCAUCAGCAGCUGUUUUAGGUGCACUAUCUGUACCUCCAUAUGAUUGCUCAUAUGGUGCAUCUCAUUCGGAGCUUGAAAAUGAGAAAGAGCGGAAUUUAAGAAUUGAAAACCUUAUGGCUUUUGAUGUUGAAUCCAAACCUGAGAAUAGAGAAUUGCUUUCAAGGUCAUCACUGCUCUUGGAAUUGGUGGCCGAAGGAGUGAUGAGCUGUGUUAACCAGGAAGUGAAGGAUCUUUACCAUAUCUUGGAGCACGAAAAUCUUCCUUUUGACUUGACUCUGAAAGUGCAACCCUUAUUAUCGAAAAUUUCAAAGUUUGGUACGCCAUGUUCUGUACCAGAAUUGCAAUUCUCUCAAUAUGUUCCUUCUCUGAAAAAGCUUUCUGCUCUUAGGUUGCUGCAACGGGUUUCACAGGUGUACCAGUCCAUGAAUAUUGACAACUUAUCAAGGAUGAUUCCUUUCUUUGAUUUUCCUACCGUAGAGAAAAUAUCAGCGGAUGCAGUAAAAAAUAAUUUCUUAACAAUGAAAGUGGAUUACAAGAAAGGUGCCAUUUUCUUUGGUAACAAGGAAAAUUUAACAAGGGAGGAGCUGAUGGAGCUUGCUCAUAAUGAUUUACUCAAGGAGAAGCAAGAAAUGGAGAGAAAAUUAGUUAAACUUUGCAAGACUAUGGAUUACUUGGAGAGGGCAAAAAGAGAGGAGGCAGCCCCACUUAUUGAAGCUUCGUUCCAACGGCGGUUAGUUGAAGAAGAGGCUUUACAUGAGCUUGAACAGCAGAGAGAAGUGGAUGCAAGCGGACAGCGACAUGCUGGAGAUGUGGAGGAAAAACGGAGGCUAAGCAGGAUGUUGGAAAACAAGAAAAUAUUCCAAGAACAAGUGCUGAACAUUCGGAAAUCCAAAUACGAGCGGCUUAAGGCGGAUAGAGGAAAAAUGGUGGCGGAUAUUAUUCAGACACGGAAAGUAGAAUGUGAGGCCAAUAGGAAGUUGAUAUUUUUCUUGAGAUGCGAAGAGGAGAGGCAAAAAAGGUUGCAUGAAGAGGAGGAAGCUCGCAAGCGCCAAGAGAUGGAGCGGAGAAAGAAAGAAGAAGCUGAGAGAAAAGCAAAGCUUGAUGAAAUAGAGGAGAAAGAGAGGCAGCGCAGGGAAGAAAUCCUGGGGAGGUCCACACGAUCAACUACCCCAAUUGCUCCUCCUAAGACUACUUCCGAGCCGCCACCUGUGGAGGCGACACCACCACCGGCAGUCGGGAAAAUUGUGCCAAAGCUUCAAAAGAAUGGCUUCUGA